UCGUCGUCACUGAAGGAGGAAACAAGAGUCACGGAUUUAUUGCCAGCCUGACCAUGGAUGUGCUGGGUUUAGUGACUAUCCCGACAUGGCUGCAGUGGAUCCUGUUGCUGGUGGGCACGAUUAUUGCGUAUGUCAUCUACAUGUCCUGGGAUCACAACACUUUCAAGAAAAUGGGAAUAGAUGGUCCCAAACCGAAUCCAAUCUUUGGAAAUAUAGGGACAAUAUUUAAAGAGGGACUUGUUGAGGCUGAUAUCACAUUCUGCAAGAAGUAUGGCAGAAUUUUUGGGACAUAUGAAACUUGCUAUCCCAUAUUGUAUAUCGCGGAUCCUAAACUUCUGAAGGAAAUUAUGGUGAAGGAAUUCAAUAGUUUCGUCAAUAGAAGGGAUUUAUUUGCUGUUGCCAUAGACGCAAAAAUGUCAGAGAUGUUAACAAUUAUAAAGGAUGACCAUUGGCGACAUGUCCGACACACCAUGACUCCGACCUUCAGUUCCAAAAAGUUACGACAGAUGACACCUUUGGUUAAUGCAGCUGCCGACCGAUUAAUGGAAAACAUAGAACGCAAGAUAGCAACUGAUGAGGAUAUUGAUAUGCAUAAAUUGUUAGCAGCGUUCACCAUGGACGUAAUUGCUAGCACGGGUUUCGGACUAAAAGUCGACACACAGAACAAUCCCGAUGACCCUUUCCUGAAGAAUGCAUUUUCCUUCAGAAAUUCUAAAAUGACAGCGGUGAUAACGACGUUUUGUCUCUUUUUACCAUUCCUGGCUGGCCUUCCGCGGUUCUUCGGAAUAUCACUUGCAAAAGAAGCAACAACAUUUUUCCUAAAAGCAACUAAAGACGCCCUUCAGGAGCGGCGAGAUAAUCCAGGGAUGUAUUCAGAUUUUAUGGCCAUCAUGGCUGAUGCCGGAGAAACAGAGACGAACAAACAGGGAAGAAAGACAUUACUUACGGAAUCCGAGAUAGCGGCACAGGCUGUCCUGUUUUUCUUGGCUGGAUACGACACGACGGCUAGCACAUUGACUUUCCUCAUGUACCACCUAGUCAUUUAUCCGGAAGUCUGUGACAAAGUCUUACAAGAGAUUGAUGAAAAAUUUGGCAAAAACGUCCCAGAUUAUGACAAUGUGUGUGAACUCACCUACCUGGAAAUGUGCAUUAACGAAACAAUGAGGUUGUUUCCUAUCGCGACAAGAAUCGACAGGAUGGCUUCCCGUGACAUUGUCAUAGGGAAUAUCAACAUCCCCAAAGAUAUGGUUGUGAAUAUUCCCGUAGGCGCUAUACACAAGGAUCCGGAAUUCUGGCCGGAACCAGAGAAAUUCAUUCCUGAGAGGUUCACAGCUGAAGCCAAGGUCAAGAUGGAUCCCUUUGUAUACCUGCCAUUCGGAGCAGGGCCUAGGAGCUGUAUAGGACUGAGACUGGCAAUGCUGGAAAUGAAAAUGGCGAUUGUACGAAUUUUACAAAACUACAGACCCAUAAAAUGCCCUAAAACUAAGGUUCCUAUCGAGACAAUGAAGAUUGCAAAUCGACCUCUUGGAUUUCUGAUGAAAUUCGAGAAGAGGAACUGACCGAUGAGUUAUUAGAUUAGAGAAAUAGGACUAUAUACAAUUAGAAAAUAAUAUCUUACAUACCAUAAUGUAUA